AUGGCAUCAUCAGUAGAAGAAGAACUUCAGACUGGUUUUAUAUGGGAAUGGAAAACAAAUAUUGAUCCAUGGAGUGAAACACAAACCGAAGAAUGGACACCAUAUUCUGGCGAUAUAUCAUCAGUCAUUGAAAAAGCUUACAAAGAACGUUUAGAACAAGUCUCUAUUAACGAAGAUUAUUGUAUUAGUCUGAAAGACAGUGUGCAAUUCUGUAAAAAUGAUACAUUUCGUCAACGACCCGUUCGAAGACGAAAGGAACAUCUUCCUUUGAUGACCUCCAUUGAUGCGAAGAUCGAAGGUCAAUCAAUGCUCCAUAAAAGACUUUCAUCCCCAUUGGGUGUACCCGAACGUUGUAGUGUAACUGGAGAUACAACUCAUUAUGGUUCAACAUUUAUUCAAGAGUGGUUAUUAGAUUUCACCAAGGGAAAAAUGAAGUUUACAUUUGAUAAUAUUUUUCCAUUUCUUUUAGAUGGCUUGAUCAAGGAGGGAGAAACCAAGAGUCAAAGUAACUCAAUUGAAACGGAUUUACGCAAAGUCGAACAACUCACUCGUGGACAGAAGUCUAGUGAGAGAAUAGCACAGUUGGAAGAUUGUUGUGCCAUAUUUUAUACAAAAGACAGUUAUAUAUAUCGUGUUGUAAAUAAAGCAUUACGUAAUAAUGAUCGAACAAAAUUAUUUACGCUUGGACCUUUUUGUCAUCUUCUUCUUUGUUAUAUUGGUCGACGUUUUGAAGAUAAUUCUACAAUUGGUGACCGUCUUCGACAGACUUUUAGUGUAAAUAAAAUGCAGACAAUAACUAUUUAUCGUGGUGAUUUUGUUUGUCGUGAAACUUUAGAAGAAUACCGACAAGCAGCUGGAGAUAAUACGAAACAUUUUAAAUGGCUUCCAUUUGUUUCCACGUCACGUAAAGAAAAAAAAGCUUUAGAAUUUCGUGGAAAUAUUUUAUAUAAAAUUGAAAUGCCUUCUUAUUCAUCAAAAAAAGAUCAAUUUAGAGAUAUCAAAAAUAUUAGUGAAUUUGAAGACGAAGAAGAAAUUUUAUUAUUACCUGGAGUGCAAUUUCAUGUGAAUAAGUUGGAAUUUGAUAAUAAAAUGGGGCGACAUAUUGCCGAGAUCAAAAUUCAUUUAUCCUACAUCUCCAACUUAUAA